CGGACGAUCCGUAUUUGACACUCCGACGGCCGGCUGGCGGCUAGUAGACCCCUAGGCAGUUUCUCAUUUCCGAGAGCUUGUCCAUGUUCUGAAAAUCAGCAACUUGUGUUUUUUGCGACUUCAGAGAUCUAGGAAACCAUUGAAGAUUUACCAGUCGAAUGCUAAUGUCGGAGAUAUCAAGUCGAAACGAUUCCAAUUUGAAGGACAUGCUGCAUCCACCACAACCAAGUGACUUUACCCCUCGUCCUCUGCCUGCGAAUCCUUUUCUUCAAGCCGGUUUCUAUGCUGCAUUCAAUCUUUGCCUUAGUCUCGAGUCUCGUUCUCAUCUUGUUUCCCUUCCGGAUCCAAGACACCCUCCUGUUAUCCUCUGCGCCCGCAUUCUGGGAUACGCUCUUAUAGAGGCCCCCACCAACGUUGGCCGUGAUCAUAUGGCAAAGUCAAUCAACGAUGGUAGCACCGACGAUACUUUACUUGCUCUGGGCAAGUACUACGCCCAACGCUUGCUUCGCAUAUUUGAAAGGGAGGAACGAACACUCUCUCCAUCAGACCACCCCUCUUGUCCUGAUAUCGACAAUGCGAAGGAGUUGUGUCAAUACAUCAUGGAACAAGCCUCUCUGAAUCAUAGCACGGCAAAGAAAGCUGCUCUGCUUCGUGACGGUUAUCAUUGCCUUCUCAGAGCAGACACAUAUGAUCGGAAGUACUUUGACCGAAAUCCGUCUGCAAUCCUUUCCCAGAACCCGAAUUGUAACACAUUCCCGCUCCAAUGCGUCCAUAUAUUCCCGAAGGGUCUCAACUCAAAUUCAGGAGAGAACGAUGAUUCCCCAUCUGAUAAACACGACUGGGUAGCCUCUGUAUGGGCUGCGGUGUUUGGUCUGCACAUGACAGAGCUUAACGGUGUCGGAACUCAUCGGUUGCAGAAUAUACUCACGUUGUGCCCUGACCUUCAUGACGGUUUUGACCAGUUGGCUUUGUGGCUCCGAGCUGUGGCUAACCAACCUAACACAUAUGUCAUUGAGACCGUUUCGGUAGGCGUAUUACGAAGUCUCCCAAAUCGUGUUGUCACCUUCACUACGCCCGAUCCUCAAGCUCUGCCGCUUCCCAGCCCUGACUAUCUAGCUAUCCAUGCUGCUUGUUGUCGCAUCGCUCAUAUGUCGGGUGCUAUUGAUUAUGUGGACGACGUUCUCCAGGAUGAGGAAGAGAUAUGUGAACGGAUUGAGCGCAUGGGGAUUCUCGCUGAGGAUGGAUCAUCAAUGGACCUUUUUGAUAAGUAUAUGACGGCUGCUAUCAGAAUCUGAGUCCCACAAGCUUUUUCAUCGUGCCUUUUUUUGUAUUUUACCCUCUUGUGCCUUCACACAAUAGUUGCAUUACAAGUUAUAGAUAAUCGAUAUUGGGUUUUAAUAAAUGAAGUAUCAACGACUUGAAAGAUGG